AUGUUACCUCGAUUCCUGACCUCCUCGUAUCCGAUGGAGAGCCAUUAUUUUGUGGUGCCAAAGUUUGCAUUAUCGCUGAUUGGUUUUUACCCGGAACAGAAGCGAACUUUAUUAGUGAAACUCUGGAGUUUCUUUAACUUUUUCAUUCUGACUUACGGCUGCUAUGCGGAGGCUUACUAUGGCAUACACUACAUACCGAUUAAUAUAGCCACUGCAUUGGAUGCCCUUUGUCCGGUGGCGUCAAGUAUUUUAUCCCUGGUUAAAAUGGUCUCGAUUUGGUGGUACCAAGAUGAAUUAAAGAGCUUGAUUCAGCGGGUGAGAUUUUUAACAGAGCAACAAAGGUCGAAGAGGAAACUAAGCUAUAAGAAGAGGUUCUUUACUCUGGCCACUCGGUUGACCUUUUUGCUAUUAUGCUGUGGAUUUUGCACCAGCACUUCGUAUUCAGUCAGACAUUUAAUGGAUAAUAUUCUGAGGCGAGCCCAUGGAAAGGAUUGGAUCUACGAGACGCCUUUUAAAAUGAUAUUCCCCGAUCCUUUGUUGCGUCUGCCUCUAUAUCCCAUCACAUACAUCCUUGUGCAUUGGCAUGGUUACAUUACAGUGGUUUGUUUUGUGGGUGCAGACGGUUUCUUUCUGGGCUUCUGUUUAUAUUUUACUGUUUUAUUGCUGUGCCUGCGGGACGAUGUUGGUGAUUUAUUAGAGGUUAAAAAUAUCGAAGAGAGUCCCUCUGAAGAGCAGGAGGCUGUGAUAGUUCGGGAAAUGGAAAAACUAGUGGAUCGACACAAUGAGGUGGCCGAAUUAACAGAGAGAUUAUCAGGUGUUAUGGUGGAAAUAACACUUGCCCAUUUUGUCACCUCGAGUUUAAUUAUUGGCACUAGCGUGGUUGAUAUCUUAUUAUUUUCUGGCCUGGGAAUCAUUGUUUAUGUGGUCUACACUUGUGCCGUGGGAGUGGAAAUAUUUUUAUAUUGUCUAGGCGGUUCUCAUAUCAUGGAAGCGUGUUCCGAUCUAGCUCGCUCUACAUUUUCCAGUCACUGGUAUGGACACAGUGUUCGGGUCCAAAAGAUGACUCUUUUAAUGGUUGUUCGUGCUCAGCGAGUUCUUACUAUAAAAAUUCCUUUCUUUUCUCCUUCUUUGGAGACACUGACUUCGAUUUUACGCUUUACGGGAUCACUUAUUGCUUUGGCAAAGUCGGUUAUAUAA